UAUAUAAUUGUUGAAGAAUACUUGAGAUUCGCUCAUUACAGUGCAAUUUUUUAGACUCCAUAAUAAAAAGUAAUCUGAGUUCGAAUUCAUACCGGAUUCCGUUAUUGAAAACAAGACCUUAACUUUGAAUGACUGACUCGUAAAUAUCGGGGUUAUUUUUUGUACUAACAGCAUAGCGAGAUCUGAUUUAUUAUCAAUCUCGUACGUUGAAUCAGCAAAUAUAUCUCAUAAAACGACAGAUUCUACUUCAGAAUUGGGAACUAGCCACAGCUACCAUUUUACAAUAAAAAUAUUGUAACACAUUUUUUUAAUUUAAAUAAAUAGAUUAUUAAGUAGCAAGUGCAAAGAGCCUAAAUACAAUGACAAUGAAUAUCACGUCAGCAGGAGGAAUAAUAUCACUGCUAGAAGAAUCAGAGCCAGAGUUGAAAGUGUUUGCUCUGAAGAAACUAGAUCUUAUUGUGAAUGAAUUUUGGCCCGAAAUAUCAGAAGCCAUUGAAAAAAUCGAAAUCUUAUAUGAAGAUAGAAAUUUCAAUCAACAUGAACUUGCUGCCUUAGUUGCCAGUAAAGUUUACUAUCAUCUUGGAAGUUUUGAAGAUUCUCUUACGUAUGCUUUAGGAGCUGGUGAAUUAUUUGAUGUAAAUUCCCGUAAUGAAUAUGUUGAUACAAUUAUUGCUAAAUGCAUCGACCAUUACACUCAUCAAAGAGUUUCUGAGAAUGAACUUAAAAAUGUGGAAAAUAAAACGAUUGAUCCCAGAUUAGAGAUCAUAGUGAAUAGAAUGUUUCAGAGAUGUUUUGAUGAUAAUCAAUAUCGACAAGCACUUGGACUUGCUUUGGAAACAAGAAGAAUGGACAUGUUUGAAUCUGCUAUAAUGCUAUCGGAUGACGUCGGAGAAAUGCUUUCUUAUGCUUUUCAAGUAGUCAUGAGUCUUAUACAAAGUCGCAGUUUUCGUAAUAGUGUUUUGCGUUGCUUGAUUAAAUUGUACAAGAAUCUUGGUACUCCAGAUUACGUUAGUAUGUGUCAAUGUUUAAUUUUUCUCGAUGAUGCUCUUGCAGUAGCAGAACUUCUUGAUAAACUCAGUAAUGGCAAUGAAGAUAGUUGUUUGAUGGCAUAUCAAAUUGCAUUCGAUCUUUAUGAAUCAGCGACUCAACAAUUUUUGGGUCGCGUAUUACAAGCAUUAAAAGCAACGGCCCCUAUACCUAGUGCUCUGAAAGUAAACACUAUAACAAAGGCGCCUUCAAAUCCAGAAAAUGAUGAUGCUGCCAAUGACAGCGAAGAAAAACCUGCUCAAGAAGUUAAAAAUGAAAGUGCAAGUACAGAAGUUGAAAAAACGAUUGAAAAUUUGAAUGCAGAAGAACGUGUACAGCAAGAAAGAAUCGAUUCAUUAUCAAGAAUAUUGGGAGGUGAAAUAUCAAUUGAUCUUCAUUUACAAUUCCUGAUUCGAAGCAAUCAUACAGAUAUGUUGAUUCUUAAAAAUACGAAAGAUGCUAUUCGUGUAUCAAUAUGCCAUACUGCUACCGUAAUAGCCAAUGCUUUCAUGCACUCUGGAACCACAAGUGAUCAAUUUUUAAGAGAUAAUUUGGAGUGGCUAGCUCGAGCUACCAACUGGGCUAAAUUGACUGCCACGGCUUCUCUUGGUGUUAUACAUAGAGGUCAUGAACAAGAGGCUCUAGCAUUAAUGCAAUCAUAUUUACCAAGAGAUCAGGGAGCAGGAGCUGGAUAUUCCGAAGGAGGUGGUUUAUAUGCAUUGGGGCUUAUACAUGCUAAUCAUGGAGCAAUGAUUACAGACUACUUACUUGGCCAACUAAAAGAUGCACAAAAUGAGAUGGUUCGACAUGGAGGAUGUCUUGGAUUAGGAUUAGCUGCUAUGGGAUCUCAUAGGCAAGAUGUUUACGAACAAUUAAAGUUUAAUCUAUAUCAAGAUGAUGCUGUUACUGGUGAAGCUGCCGGUAUUGCUAUGGGAAUGGUGAUGCUUGGUUCUAAACAAACACAAGCAAUUGAAGACAUGGUUGCGUACGCACAAGAAACACAACAUGAAAAAAUAUUACGAGGAUUAGCUGUUGGUAUCGCUCUUACUAUGUAUGGUCGUCUUGAAGAAGCGGAUGCUUUAAUUGAUUCUCUUAGCGCUGAUAAAGAUCCAAUACUUCGAAGAAGUGGAAUGUACACAAUUGCAAUGGCGUAUUGUGGCACAGGCAAUAAUCAAGCAAUCCGCAAGCUCUUACACGUUGCUGUAUCUGAUGUAAAUGAUGACGUGCGACGCGCUGCUGUGACUGGUCUAGGUUUUUUGCUUUUCAGGAACCCUGAGCAAUGUCCGAGUGUAGUUUCACUUUUAGCUGAAAGCUACAAUCCUCACGUUCGUUAUGGAGCAGCAAUGGCGUUAGGUAUCGCAUGCGCUGGAACAGGAUUGAAAGAAGCUAUUAAUCUUUUAGAUCCUAUGACAAACGAUUCUGUUAAUUUUGUUCGUCAAGGAGCUUUAAUUGCCUCUGCUAUGAUCCUCAUUCAACAAACAGAAUACACGUGUUCUCGAGUAAAAGAGUUUAGAACGAUGUAUGCAAAAGUAAUUGUUGACAAACAUGAAGAUCAUAUGGCUAAAUUUGGUGCGAUAUUGGCUCAAGGCAUUAUUGAUGCAGGUGGACGAAAUGUAACUGUAUCAUUACAAUCUCGAACCGGUCAUACUAAUAUGUUGGCAGUUGUCGGAGCUCUUGUAUUUACUCAAUAUUGGUAUUGGUAUCCAUUGGCCCAUUGUCUAGCACUUGCGUUCACUCCGACGUGCAUCAUUGCUUUGAAUUCACAACUUAAAAUGCCAAAAAUGCAAUUCAAAUCUUGUGCUAAGCCCAGUAUGUAUGCAUAUCCAAUGCCAUUAGAAGAAAAAAGGCGAGAAGAGCGUGAAAAAGUUACAACAGCUGUAUUAAGUAUUGCAGCAAAAGCUAGAAAAAGAGAAACUGAACGUCGUGUAAGAGAAUCUCAUGACAAAAUGGAUGUGGACUUAUCUGUCACGGAGAGUAAGGCUGAAAACUCGCAGAAAGAUGAAAAAAGUGCUAAAGACGUAAAAGAAAAGAAAAAAGAAGAUAACGUCGAAAAACUUGAGAAAGAAAAAGAUAAAGAAAAGAAAGAAGUUGAACCUUUAUUUGAAAAUCUUAAUAACCCAGCUAGAGUCUUACGUCAGCAAUUAAAAGCUAUUCAUCUAACCGAAAACAGUUCGUAUCGAUCGGUGAAAGAUAUACAAAUUGGAGGAAUUGUAAUGGUCAAACAUAUUCAAUCGGAUAAAGAAGAAGAACUCGUAGAACCAGUUGUUGCUUUCGGUCCUAAACCAGAGGAAGAAAAAGAAUCAGAUCCACCAGAACCAUUUGAAUACCAUGAAGAUUGAGUUUCAAUAUUAUCUUUUAAUUUACAACAUGUAUAAUUACGAAUAUAAUCAUUAUUAAAACAAAGCAAAUAAAAUCAUCUAUGAUUGAAUUAAAUAUAUUUAAAA